GUUACAGCCAUUCAUUUCAUUUCCCACUCUAUCUCGCUUUCAUUCUCUCUUUCUUUGUUUCCAUCUUACUCUUGCCAUCUCUCUUUCUCUCUCUUGUCAUCCAUCUCUAAUUGUCUUUUUACGCCACAUGUCUUUUCUGAGAAGAGCAAAGGUUAAAGACUUGUAGUUUUCAACUCUUUCCAAAAAGCUUUGACCACCUGCUCCAAAGCGCUUUCCUUCCUCCCCACUGUCUCUUCUUACAUUUACAAUAUCCUUUCCUUUCAGUCCCUCCCUCUUUCUCUCUUUCUCUCCCUCUCCUCUUUCAGUCUCUCCCUCUUUUGCUCUAUCCCUUUCAAGGUCCUCUUGGCUCACUAGUUUUCAUUGAGGACCUCGAGAAGACUGAAAACUUUCUCUCUUACUCAGGGAUUUUCAUGACGGAGAGAGAGAGAGAGAGAGAGAGAGGAAGGAAGAAAGAAAAGCUUUAUUAAACUUUAAAGAGGAGAAGAAGGGAGAAGAGAACAGAGAAGGAGAGACGAGGAGAGAAGAUGAUGGUGUCCCUCUUCUCCAUCGCAGCAGGACAUCCCGCUCUCUUUGCACUCUCGAUGCUUGGGAUUGUGGGAUUAUUUCCGGAGGUUUCUUUAGGAAUCCUGAGUGAAGAUGAAGAUUACUAUAUGCAGGAGUUGCUGAGCAGGGAGCAUUAUUACCGCCUUCCUGUCCAGGAGGAGAGUGUGGUGGAAGGUCAGGAACUUUCCACACCACCCGUCCACAACAAACCCAAUACCUCUGCGAAACAAGCAGGAGGAAAGACAAAGUCAGUGAAAUCUUCAAACAAGAAGGCUGAGAAGACUGCAAACAGCAUCAGCGAAGCUAACGGACAUCACAGCUCUGACAGAGUGGACUGUCCUCCACUCGGCCUGGAGAGCCUGAAAAUCGACGACUUCCAGCUUCACGCCUCCAGCAUGCAGCGCUACGGUCUGGGAGCUCACCGAGGACGACUCAACAUCCAGGCUGGUCUGUUCGAGGACGAUCUGUACGACGGAGCCUGGUGUGCAGGCAGGAAUGACCCGCUGCAGUGGUUUGAGGUGGACGCAAGGAGACUCACCAAAUUCACCGGAGUCAUAACACAGGGCAGGAGCUCACACUGGUCGAGUGACUGGGUGACGUCGUAUCGAGUUCUGGUCAGCAACGACUCCCACACUUGGGUGACCCUGAAGAACGGCUCCAGAGACCUGCUGUUCUUUGGCAAUAAGGAGAAGGAGAUCCCGGUACUGAAUAAAUUCCCCAGGCCCGUUGUGGCGCGCUACAUCCGGAUCAACCCUCGCUCCUGGUUCAACCACGGCAGCAUCUGUAUGAGGGCGGAAAUACUGGGAUGCCCCUUACCAGAUCCUAAUAAUUAUUACCACCGCCGCAACGAAAUCACCACCACGGACAAGCUGGACUUCAGACACCACAACUACAAGGAGAUGAGGCAGUUGAUGAAGGUGGUGAAUGAAAUGUGUCCCAAUAUAACUCGGAUAUAUAACAUCGGGAAGAGCUACAACGGCCAGAAACUCUACGCUAUAGAGAUAACAGAUCAUCCAGGAGAACAUGAGAUGGGUGAGCCUGAGUUUCGCUACACGGCAGGUUCCCAUGGUAACGAGGUGCUGGGGCGUGAACUUCUCCUCUUGUUAAUGCAGUUCUUAUGUGUGGAGUAUCGCUCCGGUAACCAACGGAUACGACACCUGGUCCACGAGACCCGCAUCCAUCUACUGCCCUCGGUCAACCCGGACGGAUACGAGAAGGCCGCUGAGGCUGGCUCGGAGCUGAGCGGCUGGUCAAUGGGACGAUGGAGUCAGGACGGAAUCGACGUCCACCACAACUUCCCUGACCUCAACAAAAUCCUCUGGGCAGCAGAGUCUCGCCAGUGGGUUCCACGCAAGUUCCACAACCACCAUGUCCCCAUCCCUGAGUGGUACCAGUCCAAAAACGCCACGGUUGCCAUGGAGACGCGGGCGCUGCUGGGAUGGAUGGAUAAGAUCCCCUUUGUCUUAGGAGGAAAUCUUCAAGGCGGAGAGUUGGUAGUGACCUUCCCUUACGACCGGACCCGACUCUCGGGAGUUCUGAAAGGGGCCACGCCCACACCGGACGACCUGGUUUUCCGCUGGCUGGCGUUCUCGUACGCCUCCACACACCGGCUCAUGACGGCCCCAACGCGCAGGGUGUGUCACACACAUGACUUCGCCAAAGAGGACGGAACCAUCAAUGGGGCGUCCUGGCACACGGCGGCAGGAAGUAUGAAUGAUUUCAGCUACCUCCACACCAACUGCUUCGAGCUGUCCAUGUACGUGGGCUGUGACAAGUUUCCUCACGAGAGUGAGCUGCCCGAGGAAUGGGAGAACAACCGCGAGUCUCUGCUGGUGUUUAUGGAGCAGGUUCAUCGGGGUAUUAAGGGCGUGGUGAGGGACAUGCUGGGGAAAGGCAUCGCCAAUGCCAUAGUCAGUGUGGAGGGCAUCAACCAUGACGUCCGCACAGCCGCUGAUGGGGAUUACUGGCGUUUGCUGAACCCGGGUGAGUACAGUGUGACGGUCCGAGCCGAAGGCUACAGCCUCGCCCGGAAAGUGUGCGAAGUCGGCUACGACAUGGGAGCCACGCGAUGCGACUUCCGACUCGCUCGCUCCAACAUGUCACGCAUCAAAGAAAUCAUGGAGAAGUUCAACAAGCAGCCCAUCAACAUGAGACGACCUCAACAGAGACGCCCGGGGACAUAGAGGACACUACGAGAGGGCAACUGGCCGUGUGCUGGACAUCCUCUACAUACUGUUUCAGACUGUCUGAGGUCUGAUGGUGUAAAAAGAGAGAGAGAGAGAGAGAGAGAGAGAGAGAGAGAGAGAUCAUGUAAUCAGAUAGAGGAAUCACGUGAACCACUUGGUUCUGUAGAAAAGCAAGUUUUAUGUUAUUUCAAGCUGUAAAUGAGCUUCAACACCAAGCUACAGGAAGAGCAAAGUGUCAUUCCGUACCUGGAGCUGUAAGCGUUUUAUUCAGAAUUAAUAUAAUUACAGAGUGCAUGAACAGAGAUAUUAGAGAAUCAUAAACUGCAAAACUGGCAUGGAAAUAAACCUAUCAGCAUUACUAUCAGUUUAAAGAGCAUGUCUUUCUGCAUUUAUUAUCACAAUACACCAAAACUAAAGAAUAAAACCAUCCUGAAGUGGAUUAUUUUCCUAUAACAUCACGUCCCCAAGUCUUUUGUUGUUCUUAUACCAGCUAUAAAGACUCGUUCCCUCACCAGCCUUGGUUUAGAGCUUUUCACACUGAGCUUAAACUGGUCAGUCUAAACCCUAGAUGCAGAGGAUCGUUUUACAAAUUACACAUCGCUGUAAUUUAACUAAACACUGUUAGGAUGUUACAGCUGGUCACUUCACAACAAAAACCCAAUCAGAAGCUGAUCAGCGCAUGAAAACCUCAUAACAGGUGAAAACCAGGAAGUAGCAACACUUAACGACUGCAGUCCAAAAACAUCUCCAUGGACGGUGGUUCUAUACACUGCGAUCUCACGUAUCUCCAACCUCCAUGUGGUUCAUCCUCAGCAGCAGUGACGAGAUUCCAAGCAGAAGUAGGGCAGCAGGAUGGAUGAG